UACAUUUGAUCAUCAAAUUGGACACAAAUGUGCCAUUGGCAUCGACGAAAAAGUAACUACAAACGGCGUAUGUUAGCCUAUUCUUGAUCCAAAAUGGUGUCAUUCGAGUUUUUAGAUGAAGUAAAGCGUAUGAAUAAACGGCAGCUAUUUUACCAGGUGCUGAACUUUGGUAUGAUAGUGUCGUCAGCGCUUAUGAUAUGGAAAGGCCUCAUGGUUGUCACAGGGAGUGAGAGUCCUAUUGUAGUUGUACUCAGUGGGAGCAUGGAGCCAGCUUUUCACAGAGGAGAUCUUCUCUUUUUAACGAAUUAUCAGGAAGAUCCAAUCCGCGUUGGAGAGAUAGUUGUUUUCAAGAUUGAAGGCAGAGACAUUCCUAUAGUACACAGAGUCCUGAGACUACAUGAAAAGGAAGAUGGUACUGUGAAGUUUUUAACAAAAGGAGAUAAUAACAUGGUUGAUGAUAGAGGACUUUAUGCCAAGGGUCAGCUAUGGCUUGAGAGAAAAGAUGUCGUUGGUAGAGCACGAGGUUUUGUACCCUACAUAGGCAAUGUCACAAUAAUGAUGAAUGAUUAUCCAAAAUUGAAGUAUAUUAUUCUAGCUGGUCUUGGCAUAUUUGUACUGAUACAUCGAGAAUGACACCACCCCAGGAGCUCUUGCCAAUCAUUCUAUUUGAAUCUGUUGCUUUUCCUCAUCUCCUGGACAAAUUUGUUCAUGGAUUUCAAAAAUUGUAGAGUACUUUGGGGAUUGUAGUAUACCUUUUUAGUCUUUUCACAUGCUACUUUUAUUUAUAUGUGUAUCAUCUUUAUGCAUGAUCAACCACCUUUAUCUGUUCUGAAAGUAACAGUUUGUGCCUCUUGCAGGGUGCUAUAAAAACCACUUCUCCAUGUCCUAGGGCAACCAAACUUCCCAAAACGUGAUGUAAUCACAUUUGCCAGAUCAGGCAAGUCAAUUUACUGGCAACAUACUUGAACGGAAGUUUGAUUUUAAAAACAUGAAUCAGCCAUGUUGGGAAAAUGGUGAGUUGAUAAAACUAGAUUUUUUUUUCUUUCUGAAAAACAGUUGGGGCAGGUGAUUUGAUGUCUGUGCAGGAAAUUGAUAGCAUUGGACUGGGCUAGUGGUAAAGAAAAAAAUUGUAGCAUCAUGCCCUUCUAUCAGUUGGUAUCCUGAGCAGAGAUUUAUUAUAAAAGUCUUACCUUCUUAUUGUCUUAGUCAAAUUUGGGUUGAUAUAAUUUGUUUGUUUCACAGUCUUUUUGUAAUAUUUGUGUACAUACGUCAUAAAGCUGUAUAUUGUGUUGUCACUAUCACAAUAUUGGGCACAUAUGAAAUCUGAAUCAAUUUUUUUUUUUCCUGUGCUACUAAAUAUCAAUUUACUUACUUGAUUAAUCACUCUUAAACAUGGUGUUACCAGAGUUUUUACCCGGUAUGUGUAAUACACCAUGCUUCACACGGAUGCACUUCCUAGUUGAUGCUUUUUUUUUGUACACAUAUGUAUAGAUUUCUUUAUAGAAAAACUGAGUGGACAUGCCCUGUUAGAGGUUAGAGAUCAUUCAGUUAGGGUUAGAAAAGUAAUUUAUUUUGAAAAGUGUUUGUCCAGGGGGGAGAUCUUUGAGUCAUUGCUGCUAUGCUCAUUAUGUAAGGCUUGUCAGUUGUAAACUGAAAGUCAGGACUGAUGUUUCAUUACACCUACUUUCUAAUGGUAUGAUUUUUCCUCUUAGGAACUCCCACAUAAUCAUCUUAGUCCACAGUUUCACUCUUUUACAGUAGUAUAGUUGUAGCAUACAUUCAUAAAUUUGGCAUUUAGAUGAAAAGAUUGUUCAAGAAAGGGAGAGUAUGGAGUAUCAGAACUUGUCCUAUAAUGGAAACUAUAUGCCUGAUUAUCAAAUGAUAAACUGAAUGUUUUUAAAAGCCUCUACUUUGUAUAGGAUUGUAGUAAAACAUGAAUUUGACAUUGUUACUAGGUAUGAUUUAUGGUUAUCAAAUUAUGCCAACCAAAGCAGACUUUUGGACAACCAAAUAGACUGGAAGAUUUUUGUUUUUUAACCUUGUCUAUGCAUGUGUGUAUAAUCAGGUAAACCAAGUUUAUGCUCUUGACACUAUUUAUAUAUGUUAACUUUAUCUAGGUCCUGCAUAAGCUUGUGAACUAUAGAGCAUUUAAUUAUAUUCAUGUUACCCUGACAUGAUUUGGGCACGCAACUGUCGCGCACAUGUCGCGCACAUGUCGCUUAGUCCCAUAUACACCUUUCUGUGUACAGUGCUUGUGACUUUACCAAGAAUGGGCCAAAUUUCUUAUCAUUUUGAUGAUAUCAGAACCUUGCAGUACACACCAAUACUAAUAUGCUAGAUGCUCAACCUUUUCUGAUUGAUUCCACAAUGUUUCUUUCACAGUGCAAUCGCAUGACCAUAAAUGGUCUUUAUCUUUAACCAUUCACCUAUAGAACGCCAGGUAAAGUUUGUUUGAGGUUGAUUCUUCCUGUAUGUACACACCUUUUUUUUUUUCUUCCGGUGAUUGGUUCACUUUAAAUUCAGACUCAGAAUAUUUGAUCAAUAGACCUGUGACACAUCCUCUACACUGAAAUUUCUACAUUUCACAAUUCAAAGUAGGAAUUAUUAUUUGUUUAAAUCUUAUUUUCAAUCGAUGACUAAAUUUAGUCUUGUCAAUUUCUUUUGGUUAAUAUAAAUACAGUUUUUGUACAAGAUCGCGAGAUUGAGUGACAAUUGGUUUUCUGUAAAUCAGGGGAUUAAAUUUUGCCAGGUUUAUCCAGUUACUAAUAA